GUUCAAAAACUGUUUGUCUGGUUGCCCAAGGCCACGUUUUGUCACCCUGGGAAAAUGGCGAAGGUCAACAUAUGUAACGUUGAAGUUUUGGGCAACCCGUCGUCUUUCUUCGAUCCGUUCCGUUUCCAGAUUACCUUUGAAUGUCAUGAACCCUUGGAAGACGUCUUACACAAAUUUUUCCUAUCUGUCUGCAUAGACCUGGAAUGGAAACUGGUCUACGUGAGCAGUGCAUAUAACGCUUCACUUGACCAGACCCUGGACUCGAUUCUUGUUGGCCCCGUCCCUGUUGGUCGUCAUCAGUUCCUGUUUGAGGCCGAUCCUCCAGAUCCGAAGAAAAUACCCACUGAAGACAUUGUUGGUGUGACUGUCGUGCUCAUACAGGCUUUGUACCGCAAUCAAGAGUUUAUUCGUGUCGGGUACUAUGUGAACAACGAGUACAAGAGAGAAGAGCUCCGUCUCGAGCCCCCGUCAGAACCCAUUUUGGACGAGCUCGAACGGCACAUCAUCGCUAGUGAUCCCCGGGUCACUCGGUUUCCUAUUGACUGGGGUGACGGAUUGUUGGACGGGUGUCCGGAGCCGGUUCAAGUCGAAGAAGAGGAACCUGAGCAACAGCGUACCCUCAUAGAAGAGGAGGAGGAGGAGGAAGAGGAACCUGCUGCUGAACUGUCCGAUGCCGCCGGCGAGGACGGACACCUACAGAUGGAAGAACCGGCAGAGGAGCCCAGCGAAAAUUUGCCCAUCAGCAAUGGUGAAGAACACGGUAGCAGUGCAAUAGCGGAGAAGAUCUCGGCAACAGCCGCAUGUCAGCAAAACAGCAACAGCGGUGUUACUGCCGGCCUACCGUUACAUCAGGUUCAGUCGGCAGCAAUAUCAAUGAAUGGAAUUUGAACUUGUCUAGGAAUCGUGAGCCAAAAUAUUUCCAUUCAUGGCACUUUACGACUACGCAUUUUUGUUUCAUCUGUCAUCAUCAUCUGUCCCAUCCGCCAGAUUGUUCCCUUUUGUACGACCAGUUUGUAAUGUCUCUUAUACAUGUAUAGACAACAUAUCUGACCAUCUGGAACUUCUCGAGUUCAGUUCGGUUAAGCACGUUAAAGUAUCCGCACAUGACAAUAGAGGCGCAUGAACAGAAAUCCCUCUGUAAGUACCCCCUUCAUGAGGAGAACGCGUCCGAUUCCCUCAAGAUGCCA